GUGGCAGCUGUCAGCAGUCAGCAAUAUUCGAGUUGAUCAAUUAAGUACAACGCCAUGGAAACAUUCGGAGUUUUUCAUCUGACAUCUACUCCUUUCCUUCGCCAUCUGCGUUAUUUAGCAUUCGCAUAACAGAAAUGGCUCCGUCACCCCUGCCAGAUUUUGUUUACAAGAUCGUGCCUUCGGCACCUCCAACGCCAAUUCCAUCCCAGUAUCCUUUGUCGGAGCUCGACCAGAAGGACGGAUUUGUUCACUUAAGUACCGGUACCCAGAUUCCAAUAACAUCGGAUCUGUUUUUCAAAGAGGCUACGACUAUCUGGGUACUUAAAAUCCGGUUUGCUCCUAAAUUCCACCCCGCGACAACGUGGGAGAUUGAGGGAUGCCCGCAUCUGUACGGUAAUUUCGGAGCUGAUGAUGUCGAGGGCGUAAAAGAAUUCUCCCGAUUGGAUGGUCAGAGUUGGAAGGAAUCUAUGAAGAAUAACGGUGGCUUCCUAGUCUAAACAUCUAUUUGAAGAAAUGCGAUUCCACAUAUAAAAGUCAAGGCGCGUUUCACAAUGGCUGAGUUUCCGGCUGAAACAAACCUUGCCGAUCUUGCUAUUUACACCUUCCGCCUUCGU